UGGAAACACUAAAUGAAAUAAUGAACUUGUCAUUCGAAGAACAAAGGAGGGCGACCCAGUUCUAGUUGGAUUUCGAUUAACGCAACAUAAUAAUUGACAGUCGAGCUAAUGGGCAGGAAAUGAGAAUAUAUAGUGAUCUCUGAUCAUGUUAUAUCGUAUUAGACACUUUCCCGGCCUCAGAACAGCUUAGCAAAGUGAAUGCGUGCAAGGCCGUGUUGGAUUUGACGCAGAUAUCUAAUUAAGCCCAGUCUACGCGAGCGAGCGGAGAAUUUCUGAGAAGAGUUAUGGCCACAGAAAAAUUUGAUUUUCACAAAGAGCCCCCAAACAAGCGAUUAUGCGGAGGUUGUGGAUGCCUCAUUAAUGAUCGGUUCCUCCUCAAAGCUCUCGAUCGCUACUGGCAUGAAGACUGCUUGAAAUGUGGUUGUUGCGAGUGUCGGCUUGGCGAAGUGGGAUCCACAUUGUACACGAAAGCAAAUUUAAUCCUAUGUAGAAGGGAUUAUUUGAGGUUGUUCGGAACAAAAGGUUUUUGUACAGUGUGCUGUAAAACUAUCCCUGCCUUCGAGAUGGUGAUGCGUGCGCGAGAAAACGUGUAUCACUUGGAGUGUUUUUCUUGCCAAAGAUGCCAUCAGAGGUUUUGUGUCGGGGACAAAUUCUACUUAAUUAACAACAGAAUUCUGUGCGUUGAUGACUACGAAGAGAUGAUGGCCUAUGGGAAACAAGAUACCAAAAGAUUUAUUGUCUAGUCCUGGGAAAAAGUGAUCUUAUUCAUCAUUCUUGUGGAAAACGCCUUCGUGAUAGCACCUCGCUACACCUCAUUUUUCGAAUUGUGCGCGCACUGUUCUUCAUUUCACCACUUUUCGGGGUUAAUGUGAUUUUUUUAAUGACCUUCGUUUGGCUGCUGAAAAUUAUAAAAUCAGUCCUGGAGCCUCUUUCUGUUCGUUUCCAUUCAGAUUUUAAUAGCUCUUGUCGUUUAAUGGUUCUCUAGUGGUUUGUUUUAUAAUAAUUCAUUUUCAUUUUCCUUUUAUUUUUUUUAACUAUGGCUUCUCAGCAGUUUACUGGUCUGUCGUGCGGUCCACAUGAUCAAUUCCACGCGCUUUUAAUUAACGAUCAGUCUGGGCGCAUCAACAAAAUAAAAUUCGUGCUUUAUAGAUAUUUUAAUUAACCCCCGGAUAGUGACUUUUGGUAUCAAAUUUGACAAGCAUAUGGGAAGGCUACUUUCCUUCAUUCCUGGAGUCUUGUCGGAAGCUAGAAAAGAUAAUCUUUAGCGGAUAGAGUAUUUUGAAGGGGAGGCCUCUGGUCCUUGAAUUUUAACAACGACUAAGAACGCAACACUCGCAAUGGACAAUCUGGAAACUAUAACUCGGAGCAAGGGUACAUCUCGCAGAUGUCUGUAACUAUAGACGGUAAAAAGGCAGAUUUGCCUGUGAAAUACAACAACGACACUAACAAGACAACAGCACAAGAUUUUAGGGAAUUAAUAAAACAUUCCAAGAAUUUUAUGAAUAAGCUUAAUUUGUGCGAACAUAAACCUCUUCCGUUGCUUAUUCUCAUACCAAACCUUUUAGGACCUUUUCAAACUUUGCGACUGAAUGCCAGCAUAAUGAGUGGUUUAUGUCGGGAAUAUUGUGCGUGACUCAAUAAUAGUGAAAAUGGUUUGAAUUAGCUUAAUGGAUUGCAUUGAAGAUUUUCUAUAAUCACGGCUGGCUUGCACCAAGUGAGAAAGAUGAUUGCGUAAAUGGAGUGCCACUAAGACGGAUAUUGGCGGAAGAGCACUCACUUAACACGACGUGAAUUUGUUUGUGGAAUGCGAUUAUCUAAAACAACUCUCACUUUGCACGAGAUUCAACAUGAAAGCUCGUGUACAAUGAAACAUACGUUACAAAUAUUUCAUAACAAUUUAAGCUCAAUGGCAAACAUCAUGGAACGAUAGUCCUACAGAAAAUAAAGCUGAGAUAACUAUUAACGAUCGAUCAAUCUAAUUUGACAAGCUAAUUGAAGUAUAAAGUGCUUGUCUGCUGCCAAAAAGAAAAUUGCUUAGAUCUUUUUGAAACAAAAGUAGAGUAUCUUUUUACCAGAGGGAUGUCCGGAAUUUUUUGCGGCGCGAGAAUAUUUCAAAAACAAAUUACUAAGCGGUUUGCUCUCUCGCAGGAUCGAAGAACUCGCACGGAGGGCAUUUUCGUCUUUCAAUGUGAGAUCACAGAACACUAUCGUGUUGCAGAUUUCCUGCCUCCUUUUCUUUUUGGUUCGUAGUUCUUUUGUUUGCGCUUUAUCGGCGGAAAAUUUGAGCAGUGCUCAAUUCAUUAUGCAAUCAGACCUCGACAAACGAAGGACAACAUCCCGGCGUGAGUGGGCGGGAGGCUACCAUCUCACUCGUUAAUUUUCGACUAGUUAAUUUCAGGUUCAUUAAAAGUCCCAAACAUUA